AUGGCGAAGCAAUUUUCAGCUUCAAAACUGCCGCAGUUACUUCUGUAUAAAGCGGACGCCAGUCCACCAUCGUGCGCAGUCAGGAUGCUGGGAGAUAUUCUCGGUCUGCACUUUGAUUUCAAGGAACCCAAACUUCUCGCUUUGGAACAUAAGACCCCCAACUUCAGGAAGAUAAAUCCUAUGGGUACAGUUCCGGUUCUACAAGAUGGGGAUUUUGUGGUGUCUGAAAGCCACGCGAUAAUGCUGUACCUGGUCGGGGAAUACGGCGGCCGCCACGCGCAGCGGUUGUACCCGCUCGACGUGCGCGCGCGCGCCCUCGUCGACCAGUGCCUGUACUUCGACGCGUCCGUCAUGUUCCACCGUGUCAAGUCCGUUGCGCUGCCGACGUUGCUACACGGCUUGCCGGGGCCGACGUCAAAGGACUUUGAAGGCAUCGAGGAAGCGUACUCCGUGACGGAGGCGUAUUUGGAGAAGAACAGCUACGUGGCUGCGGACCAUAUGACUUUGGCUGACCUCUCUAUAAGUACAACUACCGCAGCAGCCCACCUCAUUCAUAAUCUGGACGCUAACAGAUUUCCACGUACUGCGGACUGGCUUUCUAGAAUGUCCAAUGAAGAGUCCUUUAAAAAAAUCACCGAACCAGGAAUGACAUUGCUGAAUAAGCUGUUAAAUGUUCGAUGGAAAAGAAAUAAAAAUUUAAAUAAA